AUGUACCACCAAGUAUUGAUGCGAGAGGAAGACCAGCACUGUCAACGUUUUUUCUGGGGGCACAAGGAGGACUCGGAGGAACCCGAUAUCUACGUCAUGCGGGUGCUAACGUUUGGCGCGUGCUGUUCGCCAAGUACUGCCCAGUACGUAAAAAACAAACACGCCAAACUGUACGAGAACGAAUUUCCGGCAGCCGUUCGUGCCAUAAUCAAGCAGCACUACAUCGACGAUAUGCUCGUUAGCGUAGAGACUGAAGAGGAAGCAGCUUCUAUCGCACAACAGAUCAAAUGGAUUCACCACGAAGGCGGGUUCGAAAUGAGAAAUUGGCUUUCAAAUUCACCGACGGUUCUUGAUCUGCUGAAGAAAAGCCCAACGACCGAGAAAGACCUGAACGUGAGCGAUGGCCUAUCUACCGAGAAAAUACUUGGCAUGUGGUGGGACACUGAAAAGGACAGCUUCACUUUCAAGCUCUCGAUCAGGUUCCAGGACGACCUUCUAUCCGGCCGACGGAGACCAACCAAGCGAGAAACUCUUCGAAUGUCAUUGCUAAUGUUCGAUCCCUGCGGAUUUAUCGCACACUUCCUUAUGUACCUCAAGGUUUUGUUGCAGGAAGUAUGGCGUUCUGGAAUUGGAUGGAAUGAUGAAAUCGGAGAAAAAGAGUUUGAAAAGUGGUUGCUCUGGGUAAAGGUCCUUCCCAGUGUAGAAGACAUUGAAAUUCCAAGGUGCUUUCGUCAACUGACCUCCGUUAACGUUCAGAUACAGCUGCAUACCUUUGUCGACGCUAGCGAGAACGGAUUUGCAGCAGCAGUUUACCUGCGUUUCCAACAAGGAUCUAAGAUAGAGUGCGCAGUUGCAGGCGCUAAGACAAGAGUGGCGCCCCUUCGCUUUCUGUCAACUCCCCGGGCCGAACUUCAAGCAGCUGUCUUAGGAGUGCGGUUAACGAAUACUAUUCAGCGUGCUUUGAAUGUCAAAGUCAAUCAGCGUUUUUUCUACACCGAUGCCAGAGAUGUGUGCUGUUGGCUGAACUCCGACCACAGACGAUAUAGUCAAUUUGUCGCCAUUCGGGUCAGUGAAAUUCUGGAGAGCACCGAAGUGUCUGAAUGGCAUUGGAUACCAACAAAACAGAACGUUGCAGACUUAGGCACCAAAUGGAAAGGUUUUCCGGAUCUUACCCCACAAAGUCCGUGGUUUCAUGGACCCUCCUUUCUGUGGACGCUCGAGGAAGAGUGGCCAAUAACGUUGCGGCGGUAUGGAACAACCGACGAAGAACUCCGUCCACAUGUGCUAGCUCACUUUGCUGCGCCAGAAACAUUGAUUAAGCCGGAACAGUUUUCAAGCUGGAUAACGCUGGUGCGCCGAACGGCAAUGUUCACUCGAUAUGCUUUCAACUGGGAAAGACUGGUGAAAAAGGAACGACCACUCAGCGGGCCGCUAACUUCCGACGAACUCGUUCGAGCUGAAAACUAUUUGUAUCGCAUUGCUCAAGGAGAUGCGUUCGCGGACGAAUUAGCCAUCCUGAAUAUGAACAUCUCUUCCGAAAACAAGAAGCAAAUACCUAGAAGCAGCUCAAUUCACUACGUCUGCCCUACCCUAGAUAAGCAGAACGUACUCCGGGUGCAGGGUCGGACAGGAGGAUGUAAAUUCAUCGAUGUGGACGCCUCCAACCCGAUUGUACUCCCCCGAGAACACACCAUAACAAAACUCGUGGUGGCACACUUUCAUCGCCGGUUCCAUCACCAAAACCACGAAACCGUGGUAAAUGAACUUCGACAGCAUUACUACAUCCCACGGUUGAAGGUCGUCUAUCGGAGAGUGCGCAGAGAAUGCCAACAAUGCAAGAACGAUCGCGCAACACCAUGUCCACCGGCGAUGGCCAACCUUCCAGAAGCGCGUCUAGCUGCCUAUACUCGUCCCUUCACCCAUACUGGAGUGGAUUACUUCGGACCGAUUACGGUAUCGGUCGGUCGUCGCACAGAAAAACGAUGGGGAGUUCUCGCUACGUGCCUCACUACACGCGCAAUCCACCUACAGGUCGCCUAUUCGCUCUCUACAGAUUCGUGUAUUAUGGCCCUUCGAAACAUUUUCAACCGAAGAGAAACACCUUCGAUAAUCUACAGCGACCGAGGCACCAACUUUCAAGGCGCCAAAAAGGUGAUCGAAGAGACGAUUUCGAAUAUUGAUCAAGAAAAGCUGGUAACUGAGUUCACUUCGAGAUACACCGAGUGGAGAUUCAACCCCCCUGCGUCCCCACAUAUGGGUGGUGCGUGGGAGCGUCUCAUCAGAACAGUGAAGCAAAACUUAAUCAAAGUGAUAGCUACGAGAGUAGUGUCUGCAGAGGUGCUUGAGAAUGCACUAAAUGAAGUUGAAAAUACGGUCAAUUCCCGACCGUUGACAAACAUCCCGAUAGAUGGUGACCUCUCUCCAGUAUUAACUCCCAAUCAUUUUCUUCUACAGUCCUCCAAUGGGCUGAAGCCUUUCGUUUCCUUCGACGACAGUUCCCGCGCCCUAAAGAACAACUACGAGUUCUCUCAAAUUCUGGCCAAUAACUUCUGGAAACAAUGGCUCAGAGAUUAUCUGCCGACCAUCACCAGAAGAUCCAAAUGGUUCGCAGCAACGAAGCCUAUUGAAGUCAACGACAUAGUCAUCGUGGCUGAUCCUAAACUUCCACGAAACAGUUGGCCAAAGGGCAGGGUCAUAGCAACGAAAUCUGCAAUGGAUGGACAAGUACGAUCAGCAACGAUACAAACUCCCAGCGGCGGGAUAUACGAGAGACCAGCCGUGAACCUGGCGGUGCUCGACGUUGGCGUAGGAAGGAAUACGUUUCGGACGGAGCCUCAAUGCAUUCCGGGGGGAAUGUUAACAGCGCCACAACGAGCCGGCAGGCCCCUCGUUUCUCAAGUCAAAAAGAUCGACGAUCGACAGACAAGCUCGAUUAGGCGCACCCGUCACACAUUCAAAGGAUCGCCGCAUCAAUGA